AUGGUGCUCAACGGCCACAUCUACCGCGGCCGCAAGCCCGUGCACUGGUCCCCUAGCAGCCGCACCGCCCUUGCCGAGGCGGAGCUGGAGUACCCAGAGGGCCACCGCAGCCGCAGCAUCUACGUGGCCAUGCCGCUGACCUCGGCCGGCCCAGAUGCGCCGCCCGAGGUUGCGUCGGCCUUGGACGGGGCCGCGCUGGCGAUCUGGACGACGACGCCUUGGACGAUCCCGGCCAACCUGGCGGUGGCUGUCAACGAUCAGCUGGACUACGCGGUUGUGGAGGCCAAGGGCGACGGCGCGUCUGGCUGGUCGCACAGGCGCCUAGUCGUGGCCCACGGCCUGGUGGAGGCGCUGCAGGCUAAGCUGGGGGCAGAGUCGCUCGAGGUCCUGUCGACCUUCAAGGGCGGCGUCCUGGAGGGCAGCACCUACACGCACCCCAUCUACGGCCGCUCCAGCCCCGUGGUGGUCGGCGGCGACUACAUCACCACAGACAGCGGCACAGGGCUCGUGCACACCGCCCCCGGCCACGGCCAGGAGGACUACCUGGUCGGCCAGCGCUACGGCCUGCCGCUGCUGUCCCCGGUGGACGACGCCGGCCACUUCACCGAAGAGGCCGGGCCGCUCUUCGCGGGACUGGCUGUGCAGACCGACGGCAACCAGGCGGUCAUCACCGAGCUGCAGGGCCGGGGGGCGCUGCUGCUGGAGGAGUCGUACGAACACAAGUACCCCUACGACUGGCGCACCAAGAAGCCCACCAUCUUCCGCGCCACCGACCAGUGGUUCGCCUCCGUCGAGGGCUUCAGGCAGCAGGCGCUCGACGCGAUCCGCGGCGUGAGCUGGCUGCCGGCUGUCGGGGAGAACCGCAUCACCUCCAUGACCGAGGGCCGCGGGGACUGGUGCAUCAGCCGCCAGCGCAAGUGGGGUGUGCCCAUCCCCGUGUUUUACGACGUCGACAGCGGCGAGCCCCUGCUCACCAAUGAGACGAUUGAGCACGUCACCCGCGUCGUGUCCGAGCACGGCUCCGACGCCUGGUGGCAGCUGCCCAUCGAGCAGCUGCUGCCGCCGUCGCUGGCGGACGCCGCGCCGCGGCUGCGGCGGGGGGAGGACACGAUGGAUGUCUGGUUCGACAGCGGCAGCAGCUGGGCGGGCGUGGUGCGGGCGCGGGAGGCGGAGGGGCUGCGGUUCCCCGCUGACCUGUACUUGGAGGGCUCGGACCAGCACAGGGGCUGGUUCCAGAGCAGCCUGCUGACGUCAGUGGCUGCCACGGGCCAGGCGCCCUACCGCCAGGUGCUCACCCACGGCUUUGUGCUGGACGAGCGUGGGGCAAAGAUGAGCAAGAGCCUGGGCAACGUCAUUGACCCCCGGGUCGUGAUUGAGGGCGGGAAGGACGCGAAGAAGGACCCGGCCUACGGCGCAGACGUGCUGCGCCUCUGGGUGGCCAGCGUGGACUACUCCAAUGACGUCAUGAUCGGCCCCGGCAUCCUGAAGCAGGUGGCGGAAGCCUACAGGAAGCUGCGCGGCACCCUGCGCUUCCUCCUUGGCAGCCUGGCUGACUUUGACCCCGCGGUCAACGCCGUGCCGUACGAGCAGCUGCCCGCGGUUGACCGCUACGUGCUGGCGCGCCACGCGGAGGUGAUGGACGAGGUGCAGGACGCAUACGACACGUACCAGGGUUCAUGUUGA